AUGCCAUUUUUUUCUUGCCUGCUUUGUUUUCUUUUAAAGGCCUCCGCCAUGGAUUCCACGCUAUCGAUUCUCUCUCUCUCUCUCUCUCUCUCUCUCUCUCUCUCUCUCUCUCUCUCUCUCUGCCUAUAUUCAUACUUAUCUAUAUCAUAUGUUCAUAUCUAUCUAUCUAUCUAUCUAUCUAUCUAUCUAUCUAUCUAUCUAUCUAUCUAUCUCAGUAUGUUCAUAUCUAUCUAUCUAUCUAUCUAUCUAUCUGUCUGUCUAUCUAUCUAUCUGUCUAUCUAUAUCAGUCUGUUCGUGUCUAUCUAUCUAUCUAUCUAUCUAUAUCUAUCUAUUCGUGUCUAUCUAUCUAUCUAUCUCAAUAUGUUCAUACCUAUUUAUCUAUCCGUCUAUAUCAGUAUGUUUGUAUCUAUCGAUCGAUCUAUCUCAGUCUGUUCGUAUCUAUCUAAAUAUCUAUCUCAUAAGCUUUUCUUUGAAGAUCUUAAAGUCAUCUUGCCUGUCUUACUUCUUUCUCUCUCUCUCUCUCUCUCUCGCUCUCACUUUCGCUCUUUCUCUCUCUCUUACACAGGCACACACGCACGCACACACACACUCUCUCUCUCUCUUUUUUCUCUCCCUAUAGCAUUUUUAAUUUUCCUCUCCUUACUUUUUCUUUCUUGCUCUUCUUUUCAUCUUUCUCUACCUUUUCCUCUUUCUUUCUCGCUUUGUUUGCUCUUACUUUUUACUUCUUUCCACUCUCUAUCACUAUUUCGUUAUAUUUACUAUAUAUCUUUCUUCCUCUCUUUCGUACUUUUUUCUCUCUUCGCAUAUCAUUCCUCUCUCUUUUGUAUAUUAUUUUCUUAUUCUUGCUUCUACUCUCCCCCCUUCUCUCUCUCUCUCUCUCUCUCUCUCUCUCUCUCUCUCUCUCUCUCUCUCUCUUUCAUUCUCAGUGUCUCUUUUGGGGAGAAGAAACAUCUUUCCAUGUCCAUAAUCUCUCAUAGUGUAUAUACUAUCAUUCUCACUCACCUCGACGCCACACGCCUCCCCUUUGCAAUUUGUUUGUCGCCACCGCCACUGUCGCCUUCUCGAGGACCUCUUAACAACUGA